ACAUCUUCGAGAUGGAUGUUUACGUGUAUUCGAUUUAAAGAAGGAAAGGUCAAUUCAAAAGGAUUGUGGAAUGUGAGGAAUGAUUCUCUAUGGGGAUUGCGAAGGAACAAUGAACAUCACUAAUGGAUUUAGUGACUCGUUAAGUUGGAAUAGGAGAUUUUGGUGACCCUCGCUGAAGAAGACUACUCUCUCUUAACAAUGAAUCAAGUUCUCGACUCAGGACCACAAUAAUCACAAAUUCAUUCUUGGAAUUCGUGCAUCGGGGACGUGCGUCAUUUUCUACGAUACUGGCACAGUGCGGGGGUGCAACCUCCCGGUUAGGACUCUGUUUGGGGGAAGGUUUCCAGGGGAAAUUUCACUGGAGAGAGAAAGAUUGGUAUAUAUAUGAAAAGUUGGAAUAUAUAGAAAAUCAGAAAAAAAAAUGUAAAUUCAAGUCAGCGGUUUGGAGAAAAAGAAAAGAAAAAAAGAGAGAGAUGGAUUCUGUGAUCCUUAUGAACGAAGGGGGAACAUAUGAAAGAGGAUCCUGUGUGUUGCGAAGGAAGGACCCCAUGAGAAGUAGGAGGCGUUGGAGGUGGCGAAGAAGGAGGAAGAGGAGGUGGAGGCGGCGUGGCGCUCGUCGCCGUCGCCACCUCAGUUGCUCCACAGUUUCCGGACUCUGCGGACUGACAGUAUAAUCAUGGAUUUAAAUUGGAACUGCCGGAUGUAGAAGACAUUUCAGACCCAUACUCAGGUCAAAAAAAAAAAUAUAUUCAAAGAUUUUACAAGCACGUUACAUAUCUUACAACAUAUCGACAGCGAUAUAAAUCAAUCAUCAUUUUGGACCGAAGAAGACUGAAAAAUAUUGAAAAAUGCAAAUAGUAGCUGUAUGGAUCACUAUUGUAUUGGUAUAUUCGAGCAGAGUGCUGGUAGUUGGAGACCAAGCACAUUAUAUUAACCCUUUGUCUUCACAAAGGACAACAUUUAGCGAUAUUGGCUACAGCGAGAAACGUGCCCACAUAGCAGAACCAACAUGCGAAGAAUUAAGAGCCAUGUGGAGAUAUAGUAAGCGACAAAGUAGAGCCGCAGAAGCCACCAAUGAUUUGCCAAUGUAUCGUGAUCCAUUUUCUUAUAAUAUGUGGGAAAGUUAUCCAAGUCGUUCACAUUCAUGGCACGGCUAUCGAGAAAAUCAUAAUGAGCCGGCACGAACUAGAUCUGGUGGUGUUCCAAUUUAUGGAAAAGUGAUUCAUAAAGCCCCUUCCAAUGGACGACUAAGAAAUGGUAUGUCGAAAGCAAAAGCUUUUGAAGAAUUGACAAAGACAUAUGGAACGGUAAAUCGUCAACCACCUACUUCACAACGUGUAUACACCUACAGAAUCGGUGGUGGAAUGGUUGUACCACAGUCGGGAAAUGUGCCUCAGGCAGGAAGCUUUCAACACCUUAAGGAACUAAUACUUACAGAACGUGCACGAGAACUACAAGAGCAACGUCGAGCUGAAGAAAUAGCAGCGCGAGCAGCAGUUUUUAAGGAAAGAACCAUUGGCGAGCGACAACAGAACGAAAAUUACUUGACUUCUCUAUAUCCUUACGAGGGCACGAAAAACGUCAAUUACGACAUAAAUCCACCUCAAUAUGUUUCCGACGUUAAUCUUGGAGAGACACUUCUAAAAGACGAUCAAUAUGAUCGAGAAUAUAUGUUGCGUUAAAAUCGAAGUCAAUCUCAACCAAAGAAAAUAUGAUGAAAACGCUGCGCGGCUUUAUAAUAUUGCUAUAUAGUAGAAACUAAUCAAGCGUUUUUCUCUCUCUCUCUCUUCACUCAGCCAGAAACUGAAAAAGACGAUGUUGGCCUCGACCACUGAAAAACCGCACUAUUCCAACAUUUGGCGAGUAUUAUUAAUUUACUAAGAACAAUAUAAGACACACUUGUUUAGGAAAAAAAGGAAAAAAAAAAUAGAGACCGGAAAAACUGUGAGUAUGUAGAAAAAAAAAUUAUAUACCGCCUUCAAGUCUGCAAAACUAUUUUAAUAGGAGAAAAGUUCAGAUAAAAGCGAAUAUUUGCUGGACAAGAUUGAAAAAAAAGAAUAAUAUUUUAUUUUCUCUUUUAUUAUUUGCCCUUCAAACAAUUUUGAAGUAUGGGAAAUUUUGAAACGAUUAAUCGAAAUCGUAUAUAUUUAAUUUUAAUCAAUCAUUUUUUUCCCCCCGUGGGAUAUUUGAACAAUUUUUCUUUAUACAAAUAUUUGAAAAAUGAAAGUUUUACUUUCAUUUGAAUUAAAAUUAAAUUAUAACCAUUUUGAUGGUAUAAUUUUAAUUAAAAUUUAUGCAAUUGAAUUGAUGAACUAUACACUCCAAGCCUCAAUGAUUCGAGCCAUGAACAUUCAUAUUGACUUUACCUAUGUAUUUUGUUGAUCGAAUCAAUAAUUAUUCCCCAUGAAAUUGGAGAAUUCAGUUAUUAAUUAAAUUUUAUGAAUAUGAUUCGGAAUAACAAGAGAGAAUGAAUGAAUGAAAAAAAAUAAUUAAAAAAUCGUUUUAAAAUUUUUCCCAAAAAAAAAACAAAAAAUAUU